AUGGCAGCCCAGAAUGGAAACACUAGUUUUGCACCCAACUUCAACUCCCCCCAUGCUUCCUCUCUCCCCUUCAACUUCAGUUACGGUGACUAUGACCUCCCUCUGGAUGAGGACGAGGACAUGACCAAGACCAGGACCUUCUACGCAGCCAAGAUCAUCAUCGGCAUGGCACUGGCCGGCAUCAUGCUGAUCUGUGGCGUUGGCAACUUUGUCUUCAUUGCUGCCCUGGCCCGCUACAAGAAGCUCCGUAACCUCACCAACCUGCUCAUUGCCAACCUGGCCAUCUCCGACUUCCUGGUGGCCAUCGUCUGCUGCCCCUUCGAGAUGGACUACUACGUGGUACGUCAGCUCUCCUGGGAGCACGGCCACGUGCUCUGCGCCUCGGUCAACUACCUGCGCACUGUCUCACUCUAUGUCUCCACCAACGCCCUCCUGGCCAUCGCCAUUGACAGGUAUCUUGCUAUUGUCCAUCCCUUGAAGCCACGGAUGAAUUAUCAAACGGCCUCCUUGCUGAUCGCCUUGGUCUGGAUCGUGUCCAUCCUCAUCGCCAUCCCCUCAGCCUACUUUGCCACAGAAACCGUCCUCUUUAUCGUCAAAAGCCAUGAGAAGAUUUUCUGCGGCCAGAUCUGGCCCGUGGACCAGCAGCUCUACUACAAGUCCUAUUUCCUCUUCAUCUUUGGCAUCGAGUUUGUGGGUCCCGUGGUAACCAUGACCCUGUGCUACGCGAGGAUCUCACGGGAGCUCUGGUUCAAGUCGGUGCCCGGUUUCCAAACGGAGCAGAUCCGCAAGCGCCUGCGCUGCCGUAGGAAGACGGUGCUGGUGCUGAUGUGCGUCCUCUCGGCCUACGUGCUGUGCUGGGCGCCCUUCUACGGCUUCACGCUCCUGCGCGACUUCUUCCCCGCCGUGUUCGUCAAGGAGAAGCACUAUCUCACCGCCUUCUACGUGGUCGAGUGCAUCGCCAUGAGCAACAGCAUGAUCAACACCGUGUGCUUCGUGACGGUCAAGAACAACACCAUGAAGUACUUCAAGAAGAUGAUGCUGUUGCACUGGCGGCCCACCCACCAUGGGAGCAAGUCCAGCGCCGACCUUGACCCCAAGACCAGCAUCAUGCCCGACACUGAAGAGGUGGACUGUAUCAGACUGAAGUGA